UUUAGCCGCGGAUCAGGAUAAACAUGGCGAAAUAAAUAUUGCCGAAGUGCGCGAAGAGCUGUGGGACUUUUUCGAGAUCGUCGAUUAUUUAGGUCGCGUAUUUCUCGCGGGUAGCCAUCUCUUGUCUCACGGAUCACGAGACAAGCUGAAACAAGUGACUCGUGGUGUUUUCCAAAUAAUAUAUUUUAAGUUUGGAACGCAGGAAAGUGCUGUAGUUCUUCGUACGUACCACGGUUCGUACACAACAGCGCGUGGUGCAUUUCGGGACAGCAAUGGUGGGCGCGUGAUUUUGAACAAAUUCCAGUUACCAGAGGAAUUCAUAGCUACCCAUGUGAUUGCAGGUGAAGGGUAACAGUUCUUACUUGAAGGAUGUCUUCGGUUAACAAAAAUUUGGGAGCUCGAGCCCUUGUUGAGCCUUUGAGUCUGGAUUCACAGACUCUUAGCGAUGGGGAUCUCAGUGCCUUAACCUUGUCGCACAGCUCCGAGCAAUACUCCACUAACGACUUUGAGGCUCUAGCCGAUAUUCAAGCUGAAUUGGAAUGUAUGAAUGACGAAGAGGUCAUGACAACUGAUGAUGAAAACAUGGUUCUGAAACAAGACAUUGAAACAGAAACUAUUGUGCCUGAAAUAGAAGUAACAACUUCUGUGGAUGACAUUCAAGCCAAACAGAUAAUUUACACAUCGGCCAAUCCGAACAACCAGAAUAUCAUAUUUCAGACCAAGCCAACACUUCAAAGAGUACCUGCCUCUGCAAUACAAGUCAAGCCAAAUGUGGCUCAACCAUCUCAAAGCCAAUCGAUUAUGAUUGUGUCACCUGCAGGAGGCCAAGGUGCGAGUCAAAUUUUGAAAAUUUCUCAUCCAACAUCAGCUUCACCUGGCCAGCUACAAUCACUAGCUCAAACUUUGAUAACUGCAAAAUCUGCAGAUGGCAACAUUGUGCAAUUGCGAUCCGCACCAAGCACAAGACCAAUUGUUACCUCCACUCAGUCCGGAAGUAUUACACUGAGCAAUCUUCAGAGUGUUAAGCCUGUUCAAGCAGCAAUAAAACGGCCUGCACAAGCUUUACAACAAAAUAGAAACGUUUAUACGAAGAUGAUUCUGGCUGGUAAUCAAGGACAGGCUGGUCAGCAGGUCUUGCUGACCAGUACCCAAAACGACAAUCAGCAACCACAAACAUUCAAGUUCAUAACGAGCAGUGGAGCCAAUCAGAGCAUUCCAAGCCCAACAAAAACUAUAACUUUUGCUCAAGCUCAGCAAAUGGGGCUUCUUUCAUCUGGAAAACUACAGCAGAUACUUCCAUCCUCGCCUCACAAACAGCAGGGUAUUAUUGUCAAUAAAUUAAUUACUUCAACGUCAGCUCAGCCAUCAAAAAUGGCGAUACUACCAGGCACCACUGUGAAAUCACCGACAAAAAUAUUGCCAGCCCCAACUUCUAUGACCAGCCAAGCAAAGUCAUCUGUCAUGUCCAACUCCCAAACCGCUACGUUUACCAGUGCUGGCAAAACUAUGCAGCAAAGUCCUCAAAAAGUAAUCAUAAGACAGAGCUCGCUCAAGCCUGGCACCGUCCUUGGCGGCAGCCAGGUGAUAAGAAUACCUGCCAACCAAAAUCUUGUCAGUAGUUCCAAUCAAGUUCAUCAAAUACAAAUGCCUGGACGACAGGUACAGUACGUACGUUUGGUAAGCACACCCUCAUCUGGGACAAGCAACGUUGUGACUGUUGGGAAACCGAAAUCUCAGACUUCGCUUCAGACUGUCGGAGUGACACAUAAACUUGGCGGUCAACAACAAAUUGUCAAGGUUUUACCGUUGAAUACAAGCAAUCAAACAUUGAGAACAGUUGUACCAAAAACGGCAUUGACCACUGGUGGUCAAAGACUACUUAUUCCUGCAUCAGCCUCUGUCAGUGGACAGCCAAAAAAUGCUGUUGCUAUACCUGCCUCAGCAUUGAGUCAACUCGCUUCUGGUCAGGCUGUCUUGUCAACCAACUCCAAUGUCGGUAACAUCGUUGUACUCCCAGCUCAGUAUAUUCAACAACAGCAACAAUCAGAGGAGACAAAGGGAAAAUCGCAGCAAUCAACGCCGAGUUUGUUAGGAUCUUCUCAGGCUUCAUUAGCAAAUUUAUCAAUCGGAUCAAUAUCUGAGGGUAAAAACUCUCAGAAAUCUUCAUCCAGCCUCGAGGCCAAUGGCAUUCGACCCAGGAAACCUUGUAAUUGUACCAAAUCGCAAUGCCUCAAACUGUACUGCGAUUGUUUUGCAAACGGAGAAUUCUGCCACAUGUGUAAUUGUAAUAACUGUUCUAACAACCUCGAAAACGAAGAAGAACGCCAGAGAGCAAUCAAAUCGUGCUUAGAGCGCAAUCCUAAUGCUUUUCGACCAAAAAUUGGAAAAGGUCGCGAAACUGGGGAUGAUAUAAGAAGGCACAAUAAAGGUUGUAAUUGCAAACGGAGUGGUUGUUUGAAAAACUAUUGCGAGUGCUACGAGGCAAAGAUUCCUUGUUCUGGAAAUUGCAAAUGCGUAGGGUGUCGUAACGUGGAAGAACCAAAUUUGGAUAAAAAAUCUUUGAAAGAUUUGGCAGAGGAAGCCGAAACCAGAACGACACAGCUUGCUCAAAAUAAAACCAAGUUCCAACUGAUACCUGACAUGGCGUUCAGACCACCUGCUAUGUCAAACACUGGAGCAAGACAACCAUUUAACUUCUUAACCGACAAAGUGGUUGAAAUUACGUGCCAGUGUUUAAUGGCGCAGGCCGAAGAAGCUGAGCGAAGUAUGCUGGAUGAUGAGACGUCGCAACGAUUGAUAAUUGAAGAAUUUGGCCGAUGUUUAAAAGAAAUUAUUGAAUCUGCACAUAAAGCGGAAACUACCUAGCAUUCUUAUGGACCUGAGAAGUUGCGUAAUUACCACAUUUCACGAAUGUAUUCAAAUAUUACAGAAUUAAGGAGCAUUGCACUAUGGGUACAAUAGCAUAGUAAACAAAUAUUGGAGGUAUAGUAUCAGUAUCAUAGGAAAGGGUGUCGAAUACCAAAAGAACAUUUAGAAUGCAAUAAAUAUUUUUUCGUUAGUAAAAGUGACCAGACUGUCUGGUCGUGGAAUGCUUCACUUGUGAAUUACACACUGAUUUUGGAAAAAGAA